AUGGGUGUACUGAUCGGUGCGUGUCUUCUAUCUUGGAUUUUUUCUCUGGGCUCAGCCACUGACUGUAUUGACACAGGUCUGAAGUGUUUCCUUGACCCUUCCUGUUCGGCAAUGGCACUUCAGCUUUUUUCCAACUGCUCAAUUGCUCUGAGCACACCAUUGUCAUCACCGCCCUGUACAGAACACUGCAAGACUGUCCUGUUUUCUAUGCUCGAAUCAAGGGUUGGGCAAGACUUACUAAAGUGCAACUGUUCGACAAUUGCUCAUAUGCAAACAGACGAUUCUCCCGGAUUUUUAUCAAGUGUUGCCACACUCUGUAAACCUGUCCAGUUGUAUGCAGUUGAAAAAUGUACAAGCAGCAACGAGGCAGUCUCUACUUCCGGAAACGGAAUGUGUGAUGAAGACGGGCGUUGCAUAUGUAAUCCAAAUUGGUCCGGGGAGCUUUGUGAUACACCUACAUGCGAGGAUCUGCAAUGGUGUUCAGGGAACGGCACGUGCCAAGGCAAUGGUACGUGUGCGUGUAUUCAGGGGUGGACUGGUAGCAGUUGUGCUAUUCCAGACUGCAGUGACGUUGGCCAGUGUUCCGAUGAAGGAGUCUGUGUAGGGCCGGGGUCUUGCGACUGUAACGACGGCUUCACAGGACCCGAUUGUAGUGUGGAAAUGCUCUGUCUUCACUUGUCUAAUUGCAGUGGAAAUGGCGUUUGCUCGAAAUCAGGAAAAUGUUUGUGCUAUGACGGAUUCACUGGAGAAAGUUGUGAGACGCCUGUUUGCUAUGGCAACUGCAGUGGCCACGAAACGUGCAUCAGUGCGUACUUUUGUCAGUGUGACGAUGGAUGGAUUAGUGGAAACUGCAGUCAACCUUCAUGCAAACAGUUGAAGUUCUGUUCAGCACAAGCGACUAUCGUUGCAAUGAAGACAGACAUCAAAUUGGAUACAGUGAAAGUGAUCGACUUUGUAAUCAGCAACGUAUCGCUUAGCGUCAAGAGCUACAUUGCUUUCACAUGUUCCGCAAAAGGUCGACCACCACCAACUGUAUCCAUCUUAAGAGACGGUAGAAGACUUACACCGCUGUCACAGGAAUAUCAACAAUUUGUCAUUGAAAGCCUAAACACAUCUGAUUCCGGUGUAUACAGAUGCGAAGCAAAUAAUACUUAUCGCCUUGACAUCCGGGAGAUAAAUGUCCAAGUUCUAGAACCACCCAAAAUUGUAAGACCCGAGAAGCUAGAAGGCAACAUAGAGAUCGGAAGCAACGCCAACGUGUACACUGGAAAUCGAUUUUCCAUAAUGUGCAACGCCGUGGCAAGUCAAUCGCCAACUUUCUCUUGGCAAGUAGAUGGAGUGGGCAUCCAAAGCGGCUCUCACCAUGGCGUGAGAUUUCGAAAUGGCGGCAAAAUUCUGGUGAUGAACAACGCUAACGAAAGUCACACGGGGAAUUACACUUGCAUAGCAACCAAUAAUGGUGGAUCUGUUAACCGCACUUCGAGAAUCGACGUCUCUCCUUGUCGUCCAUCUUCGAGAAUGGCGGAGGUCCCCGUGUGCGCCUACACGAUCUUGUUCGUCGAGGAAUCGAACACGAUUAACAGCGUUAAAGCAAUUCUGCCCAAUCUGACGUUAGAGCUUGAUCGAUCUUUACUUGCUAAUGGCAUUGGUAUCAGAAAAGGUAACUAUUUCUCCGUCAUCGGAUUCGGUACCAACGUAAAGUCCCGGAUGAUACGCAGCGGAUCUAGAGUAAUUUUCUCAGUUCAUCGGGUACGGGAGGCACUCGACCAACUGAGUAGUAGUGCAAUUACUCGCGACGGACUCUACGCCAUGUAUAGUGCGUUAGAGGACCGUCGUCUAAAGUCAAAGUUGGUGCAACACUGUGCUAUACAUAUGCUUCUGGUCACAAACGGCUCAAAGGUGGCUGUCGCCGACUUCCCGGAAAAGGAAUUCCAUCGACGAUUAUGCCAACAUCAGCCAUUAAUUACUAAUGCCAUUCUUGAUAUCGGACUGAGGGUCCAGACCGAGGGUUCCGAGGUGUCCGCACUUGGGAUAGAUUGGCGCGGGUAUCCCUACGUGCAGUCGCCUAGAGAGAACGGAGAACAACAAGAGAGGCUUAGCACCUUCGACACAUCAUUUAUCAGCCCGGCAACCGUUAGUGCCUGCCGUGAGUUUACACACUAUGGCCUGUUGCCACUUCAGACUACUGGAUCGUUAUGGGACAUGCGCUCUUCUUUGUCACUGCCGAAACGACGCAGCAUGAUCAGCGCGAUGACUAACGUUACAGUAACCGCUCUGAAGGAUUUCAAGCCGUGCCUCGCCUGUGGAUGCCACGAUCGCAAAUCGGGAAAAAUUGUGAAACUCUGCUAUCCCGACAAUAAGGACGACAGAAUCUGUCAUUGUAAGAGCAAUACUAAUUCCCUACUCCCGUGCAGGGCAAUAGUCGGAGCUUAUUGCAAGACGUCUGGUCUGAUGGAAAUGCCUCUACUUGCAAAUAGUCUGAUGUCGACGUGUUGACUGUCUAAUGAGAGUUGAGUGUGGAACGCGAUUGUGACAUUUGAACUGGAGUGCGUACGUAUAAAAGCAUGACCGCGGCAUGCAUGUUAUGUUUUCAAACUGCCAAACUUCUCAAUUGGUUAACAAUUGAACAGUUUGAUGUUUGCCAGACAGUGUUUAGAUAGAAAGAAGUGGACAGAUAUAGCUAGCAGAAACAUGCUAUCCGAAUCGUCUCGAU